AUGCCAUAUAUUUCUUUUUUUAAGAUCUCUAAACAACAAGCAGUAUAUAUCACCAAGUCAAUGGCACACAAGAUUUGGCUGAAGAAGCUUUCUGGUUACCAGUUUCUGAACCUUAACUUGUUCACCACUUCACUUUCCGCUCUGCUUAGGAUCUCUCCAAUAUCAAAGCCAGUGAGGACAGGUACUUCUAACAUGGAUUUUGUUCUGAAUAAGAUUGAUAAACACUUGGACAACCAUAGAAGCCUUGACCAGAACAUGAAGAACCCAAAAAGAAAAUUGGAGGAUUUAAAUGCCUUGAAAGAAGACACUGAAUCAAAAAUGAGGGCAGAACUGCAACCAAGGAAAAAACUCAAGAAACAAUUUCAUCUAUGGUUGGGAAACAUUGAAAGAAUAAAUGGUGAGAUACAAGACCUCGAACAAAAAGUUGCAGAAAGCAGUAUUGUCUCACGUGGAUUUCACAUGACAAAUAUCUUAGAAAAGAAAGAAGAAGUUGAGGAUCUUCUUCAACAGGGUAAGUUUGAUCAAGGUGUGGUAGUCUAUGACCUUACGUGGAUUGGACAAGCUUUGUCAACAACAAAUUUAGUUGGGAAAGCUGCAGAGAAUUGUAUGAAAGAAAUUUGGACAUGCUUGAUGGAUGAUGAUAUUGGACCGAUUGGUGUUUGGGGAAUGGGAGGACUAGGUAAAACAACAAUCAUGAAGAUCAUCAACAACCAACUUAUUAAAAAAGCUGAAAAGUUCAACAUUGUUGUAUAGAUCACUGUAUCGAAGGAAAUGAACAUCUCAAAAAUUCAAAAUGGCAUCUUACAUAUAAUGGGAGAAACCGUUCCAGAAAAUGAGGAUGAAACAAUAAGGGCAGGAAUAUUAUAUGAAAUGUUGACUCAAAAGGGCAGGUUUGUGUUAAUUUUAGAUGAUCUACGGGACAAACUUUCUCUUGAAGAAGUAGGAAUCCCCGAGCCUUCUAACGGGAGUAAGUUAGUGAUAACGACUCGGAUGUUGGAUGUGUGCCGCUAUUUGAGUUGUCGAGAAAUUAGAAUGCCUACUCUUCCAAAACAAGAUGCAUGGAGUUUGUUUUUGGAGAAAGUAGGUAGAGAUGUUCUCAAUUAUCUAGAUCUAUUACCAAAUGUGGAAUCUGUUAUUGAACAAUGUCCUGGUUUACCGUUAGCUAUAGUUACAGUAGCUAGCAGUAGGAAGGGCAUAAAAAAUGUUCACGAAUGGAGGAAUGCACUAAAUGAAUUAAGUAGACGUGUAAGAGGUGUGACUGGGUUAGAUGAAAAGGUACUUCAGCAACGGUUUGACACCAAAAUAUUUCACUGCUUGAUGUUCAGUUAUGACCGUUUGAAAGAUCCAAAAAUACAAGAUUGUUUUCUGUAUUGCUCAUUGUAUCCUGAGGAUUAUGCAAUCGAAAAGAAUGAGCUAAUAGAAAAUUGGAUUGAUGAGAGACUUAUUGAUGAAUGUGGAAGUAGACAAGCAAUGCAAGACAGGGGCCUUAGUGUUUUAAAUAAGCUAGUAAACAAUUCCUUGUUAGAGAUGGCUAUGGUCUGCAGUAGGAUUGUGGUUCGGAUGCAUGAUGUUUUGAGAGACAUGGCAUUAUCGACUAAAUCUGGUGAUCAUCAAUUCAUGGUAAAAGCUGGUAUGCAAUUAAAUGAACUACCAGGUGAGCAUGAAUGGACCAGCAAUCUUGAGAAGGUUUCCUUGAUGGAUAAUUCAAUAUUAGAAAUUCCUCCUCACAUGCCACCUAAAUGCCAAUCUGCAACCUUGCUUUUGCAGCAAAAUGACUUUUUGGAAAGAAUUCCAGAAUCUUUCUUUGAGCACAUGCACGGUCUAAAGGUUCUAGAUCUUUCUUAUACAAGUAUUCGAGGUCUGUCUAGUUAUUCCAACUUGGAAAAUCUUGCUGCAUUGAUACUUAGAAAUUGUGACAAGUUAAGGCACGUGCCUUCAUUAGCAAAGCUUAGAGUGCUGAGAAAGUUGGGUCUUUAUAAUACUGCUAUCAAUGGGCUCCCUCAUGGUAUAGUGUUAGUGAACCUCAUAUAUCUUGGUUUACAUUCAAAGGAUCUAAAGGAGCUCCCAAUGGGCAUACUAGCAAUGCUUUCUCAUCUCCAAUACUUGGCAACUACCCUGUAUAUAAAUGCAGAGGAAGUAGCCAAAUUGAGGAAACCAGAGACUUUUUCAGGGUCAUUUCUUUAGUUGCUAGACUUUGAGAAAUAUGGAAAGUCUAUGCAGUGUCAGUGGCCUAGAAACUAUGUGUUUGUUGUGGGAUCAUCUAAAGCUAACAAACCAGCAUACACUCUUUGGUCAGAGCAAUUCUAGAGAGCUGAGCAUUAUAGGAGUGUAAAAUUUACUAAUGGGGAGAUAAGGAAUGAAGAUCCUAUUGUGCUUCCAAGUGACCUUGGUGAUCUGUAUAUUGAAAAUUAAGUGCCAUGAUCUCAAAAGCUUAAGCAAUAUUUCUUUGUUCCAUGAAGCAAAUGACUUAAAGAAAUGUUAAAUCCGGCAGUGUGAAGGGAUGGAGUGCAUGGUUGACUUUUCAUUAUCUUCUUACAACUCGCUUCAGAACAUUGAAGAGGUAGACCUUGAAGGUUUGUGUAACUUGCAGGAACUUGUCAGAAUUGGAGUAGCAAUUGAAUCUACAUCUCAAGCUCCAACACCGGCCACCAUCUUCUCUUCCCUUAAAAUACUUCGUCUAAUUGGUUGCUCAAGCAUGAAGAAGGUCGUUUCACUUGAACAGCUACAGGAUCUUGUAAACUUGGAAGAAAUUGUUGUUAUAUCCUGUAAAGAAAUAGAGUUUAUAAUGACACCAAAAGAAGACGAAGAAAAUCAUCAAGGAGAAACAAGGGGUGUUGACGUAACAACAGUUACUCUUCCCAGUUUAAGGAAAUUGACAUUGGUCUGAGUAGCCAAAGUUGAAAA